UGCUUCUACAGAACUGAAGGGCCCUCGCAGCAAGCAAUUAUUGUUUACAGACGUACUGAACCAAAAGGCGUGAUUUCAACAGGCAAUUUAUUACAAAGAUGUUGAGGGUGCUUGUAGUAUUGGUUUACAUGGUGACAUAUGGAGGGACAACUGGUGACAGAACACCCCUCGGGAACUCAAUAAAUGCGUUUGCGCUUGAUUUGUACAAUGAGCUAUUGGGUUGUAUGAAUGAUUCGGUAAAUGACAGCAUGGUUAUAAGCCCGUUUAGUAUCUCGACUGCAUUUGGAAUGGCGUAUCUCGGAGCUGCUGGAGACACAGCGACUCAAAUCGCCCGCGUUCUGAAGUAUCCAACAAAUGUACAUGAACAGUUUGAGGCUCUUCUGACAAACAUAGCUUUCUCAGAUGAGAACUACAAACUGAACGCUGCAAAUAAUGUAUUCCCGCUAACUGGUUUGGAGAUUCGGCCCCAGUAUGUGAGUGAUGUCCUUCAGUUUUACUUAGCAGCAAUAAAAGAACUUGACUUUCAGAAAUAUCCUGAGGAAUCCAGACAGUAUAUUAACGAAUGGGUGUCCAACAAAACAAUGGAGAAAAUUCCCGAAUUGCUGCAUAGAGGUGAUGUCAAUAGUGGCACUGUCCUUGUGCUGGUGAACGCCAUCUACUUCAAGGGAGAUUGGCUGACCCAAUUCAACCCAAACGUCACAUCAAUUGUAGAUUUUUACGUGUCUCCUCUGCAACGGAUCUCUGUUGAUAUGAUGCAUAGCCAGGACAUAUACAGAUAUAUCGAAGACCCAGUACUAGAUGCUCAAGUACUGCAACUUCCAUACACAGGGGAGGAAGUUAGUAUGAUUGUCAUAUUACCAAAAAAUCAAAAUGGCCUUCCUGACCUUGAGGCAUCGUUAACUACAAGCAACUUGGACGAAGCCAUCGCAAAACUCUACGCUCCUUACUCGUCUAUUCUAGUAGAUGUACAUUUGCCUUAAAUUCAAAAUGGAGUGGAGGGGUGACCUAGUUGGAUAUCUCCAAAAACUGGGAAUGUUGGAUGCAUUUUCGUCCAGAGCCGACUUCUCACCUCUCUCUCCGCAUGUCCCGUUUAUCACAAAAGUCAUCCAUAAGGCUAUUGUAGAGGUAAACGAGAAGGGUACGGAGGCAGCAGCGGCAACAGCCAUCAUUUUUGGUAAAGGUCCCUCACCUACUAUUCCUCGAUUUAAAGCCAACCAUCCGUUUCUAUUUCUGAUUCGUCAUAAAAAAUCUGGGUCCAUUUUGUUUUUGGGACGUAUGAUGGCACCCACAAUUGCAAACAACACGAGUUGUUUGACGGAGACGCCUUGUCGGGUAAGAAAUGGAAAGCUGUUAAAGAAAUGCUGUGGAUGUCCAUACAUGUUUGCUGAUCCAAAAACAAGGAAAAACGAACUUCCUUGGAAUGUAUUGAAGAAAUACAAAGGAAAACAUUGUCGGGAAACAUGUAUAAGCAAAAGAUGUCUGAGAAAGUACAGAAGAAAGUACGAGACAUAGAGACGUGGACCACAAUAAAGAACAUGUUCAAUUAUACCUGUCAUAUUAUGAAUAAAAUUAUAUAGGCAAACUUAAAAA